AUGUCUUACGCAGAGAUGGCCGCCAAGGGCCCCAAGCAGAGCCCCGAGGAGAUAGGCCAUUGCAGUCGCGCCCCCGCCCAACCUGAGAUCGAGCACGCUUCCGACGACAGCGUACACUCCCUUGUCGACGUAGACAGCCCGCACAUCUCCUCGGUCCCCUCGGACUACGAGUCGCAAUCCGUCAAGACCGACACGCAAGCCGAGCGCAUGGAGCGUGAAGAGGAAAUCAAGGAAGAGGCCAAGCACAUCAAGGACCGCGCUGCAGCAAAGAAGGAGGCAGCCAAGGACAAGAUGAAGAAGAACGCCGACAACCCGGUCGUGCUGAGCAACGCAGUUGGCCUUGCCGUUGUUGGUGGCAUCGUUGGAUUUGGCGCAUACAGGCAGUAUGCCCGCGGCGAGCUGACCGGCAAGGUCGUCGCGGCCUGGGCUGCUGUCAUUGGACUGUUCGGCGUUGGAGACUACUACGUCAGCCAGUACUUCUUCAAGCGCAACCCCCCGAAAUAG